AUGUUUGUCACAAGAGCUAGUCCCGCCCCUCAACUACCCUCAUUCAGUGAGUUGAUGCUGUCCAUUGUGCACCAGUCGCCACUCCCACAACCAAUGGCCAAUGACCUCACAUUCCUCCCUGCAGAAGUCGUCAAACAGCAUCAGCUCGUGUACACUGCACGUCCCACCAUGACGUUGCAACCACAGGCUAUGCGGUAUACUCCACAACUGACCUCGAUCGAGCCCGCCGCUUCUCCUCUUGGUCAAAAAGAGAGAAUGCUGCCUCCACUUGCAUACGAUUUGCCCACUCCACCUGCCUCGGUGGAGUUGUCGCAACAUAGUCGAUGUGAUUCAAAGAGCCCCGUGGGUGAUGCCUCUUCGUCGCCAAUGUAUGGCGUUCCCAAGAGAAAGCAUGCCUGUAAGACUUGCGGACGUCUUUUCACGACUCUGGGCCACUUGGCUCGUCAUAACCGUACUCAUACUGGUGAAAGAAAACACAUGUGUCCAUGGCCACAAUGUGAAGCUCGGUUUGCCCGUCAGGACAAUUGCAUGCAACAUUAUAAGACUCACAUGAAUGGAAAAGGAAAGCGCAAUCGAUUAAGAAGAUAG